AUUACAGGUGUUCACGUGUCCGUGUCCGUGUCAUGUCUGGUGUCCGUAUCUGUGUCGUGUCUGGUGUCCGUAUCGGUACUUCAUAUUCAUAGCCACUCAUUCAUUCAUGGAAUACAGCUGUUGAAGUUUGAGAGACUCGAGAAUUAUUGCUUAUACUGACCAUCAAAGAAAAAGAUGUUCACCCCACUACCUUAAAGUAAAGCCAUCAUUCAUUGGCAUAAGCUGCAGUGUGAAAGUUUGUGUUGUGGGAAAGAAUCACUCAAUUAUUGUCAUAGGCUGCAAUGCAUUGAGUCAUUGGCUUCUAAUUACUCGUUUCCAUUCGUCCACUCCACUCCUCUUCCUACCAUGGCGUUAGAAUUCGUUGGUGGUGCUGUUCUCUCUUCUUUCCUUCAGGUUACAUUUGACAGGCUGGGUUCUCAUCAAGUUCUGGACUUCUUUCGUGGAAGAAAACUCGAUGAGACGCUACUGAGCAAGUUGAAGGUGAAGUUACUGUCCAUAGAUGCUCUAGCUGAUGAUGCAGAACAAAAGCAGUUCAGAGAUUCACGUGUGAAAGCAUGGCUUGUUGCUGUCAAAGAUGCGGUGCAUGAGGCAGAGGAUGUCUUGGAUGAAAUAGAAUAUGAACACUCCAAAUGCCAAGUUGAAGCUGAACCUGAAUCUCAAACCUGUACUUGCAAGGUACCAAAUUUCUUCAAAUCUUCUCCUCUUAGUUCCUUUAACAAGGAAGUUAAAUCAAGGAUGGAACAACUCAUUGGCAGCCUAGAAUUUCUCUCGAGCCAAAAGGGUGAUCUAGGUUUGAACAAUGCUAGUGGUGUUGGAUCUGGAUUCGGUAGUGAAGUGUCACAGAAAUCACCAUCAACAUCUUUGGUGGUUGAAAGUGUUAUUUAUGGCAGAGAUAAUGACAAGGAAAUGAUAAUUAAUUGGCUCACUUCUGACUCUGGCAACCACAGUAAGUUAUCAAUACUUUCUAUUGUGGGUAUGGGCGGAAUGGGUAAAACCACACUUGCCCAACAUGCAUACAAUGACCCAAGGAUAGAUGAUGUAUUUGACAUCAAAGCUUGGGUCUGUGUUUCAGAUGAUUUUACUGUUUUCAAGGUAACAAGAACAAUUCUUGAGGCAAUCACUAAGUCAACUGAUGAUAGUAGAAACCUACAGAUGGUUCAUGAAAGAUUGCUAGUAGAGUUGAAAGAUAAAAAGUUUCUUCUUGUUUUGGAUGAUGUUUGGAACGAAAAACUGGACGAAUGGGUAGCUGUGCAGACUCCUCUAUAUUUUGGGGCUGAGGGAAGUAGAAUCAUUGUCACAACACGCAAUAAGAAAGUUGCUUCUAGCAUGAGGUCAAAAGAACACUACCUGCAGCAAUUACAAGAAGAUUAUUGUUGGCAGUUGUUUGCAGAACACGCAUUCCAAAAUGCUAAUCCUCAAUCAAAUCCAGACUUCAUGAAGAUUGGUAUGAAGAUAGUUGAAAAAUGUAAAGGACUUCCUCUAGCCUUGAAAACAAUGGGAAGUCUAUUACACACCAAAUCUAUUUUGGAAUGGAAAGGCAUAUUGGAAAGUGAGGUAUGGGAAUUAGAUAAUAGUGAUAUUGUCCCUGCUUUAGCACUUAGCUAUCACCACAUUCCUUCCCAUCUCAAAAGAUGUUUUGCUUAUUGUGCAUUAUUUCCCAAAGGUUAUUUGUUUGACAAGGAGUGUUUAAUUCAGUUCUGGAUGGCUCAAAAAUUGCUACAAUGCCAUCAACAGAGUAAGAGUCCAGAAGAAAUUGGUGAACAGUACUUCAAUGAUCUAUUAUCGAGGUCCUUCUUCCAAGAAUCAAGCAACAUAGAGGGGGGAAGGUGUUUUGUCAUGCAUGACCUUCUCAAUGAUUUGGCAAAAUAUGUUAGCGAGGACAUGUGUUUCAGGCUGGAAGUUGAUCAAGCAAAAACCAUACCAAAAGCAACCCGUCAUUUUUCAGUUGUGGUCAAUGAUUAUCGAUAUUUUGAAGGUUUUGGAACUUUAUAUGAUACAAAAAGGUUGCAUACGUUUAUGUCAACAACUGACUGCAGAGAUUCUCAUGAAUAUUAUUGGAGGUGCAGGAUGUCAAUACAUGAGUUGAUCUCCAAGUUUAAGUUCUUACGCUUCUUAUCUUUGUCUUAUUGGCAUAGACUCACAGAGGUGCCUGACUCUAUUGGCAAUCUUAAACAUCUUCGUUCUUUAGACCUUUCCCAUACUAGCAUAAGAAAACUACCAGAGUCAACUUGUUCACUCUACAACUUGCAAAUACUGAAACUGAAUGAUUGUAAAUAUUUGAAGGAGCUGCCCUCAAAUUUACAUAAACUCACCUAUUUGCGAUACCUUGAAUUUAUGAAUACUGGAGUGAGAAAGCUGCCAGCACAUUUGGGAAAACAGAAGAACCUUCUAGUAUUGAUAAAUUCGUUUGAUGUUGGGAAAAGUAGGGAGUUCACUAUUCAGCAGUUAGGAGAACUCAAUCUUCAUGGAAGGCUAUCAAUUGGUAGGCUGCAGAAUGUUGAGAAUCCAUCGGAUGCCUCAGCUGUGGAUUUGAAAAAUAAAACACACCUUAUGCAGCUAGAAUUAAAAUGGGAUUACAAUGGGAACCUUGAUGAUUCUUCCAAAGAAAGGGAUGAAAUUGUAAUUGAGAAUCUAGAGCCUUCCAAACACUUGGAGAGGUUGUCAAUCAGGAACUAUGGUGGUAAACAUUUUCCAAAUUGGUUACUACAUAAUUCUUUAUUGAAUGUGGUGUCCUUAGUGUUGGACAGAUGUCAAUCUUGCCAACGUUUGCCUCCCCUUGGACUCUUGCCAUUGCUCAAGAACCUGGAGAUUUCAGGCCUUGAUGGGAUAGUGAGUACUGGUGCUGAUUUUCAUGGGAAUAGCUCUUCUUCAUUUACAUCCUUGGAAAAAUUGAAAUUCUACAAUAUGAGAGAAUGGGAAAAAUGGGAAUGCCAAAAUGUGGCAAGUGCUUUUCCAAGUCUUCAACAUCUUUCCAUAAAGGAAUGUCCUAAGCUGAAAGGGAACCUGCCACUGUCCGUGCCGCUUGUUCAUUUAAGGACACUAACAAUUCAGGACUGCAAAAAUCUUCUAGGCAAUGAUGGAUGGUUGGAAUUUGGUGGGGAACAAUUCACCAUCAGGGGACAGAACAUGGAAGCAACGUUGCUGGAAACGAGUGGGCACAUCAUAUCUGACACUUGUCUUAAAAAGUUGUAUGUUUAUUCUUGUCCAGAAAUGAAUAUUCCCAUGAGCCGUUGCUACGAUUUCCUUGAAUCGUUGACCAUCUGUGAUGGCUGCAACUCUCUAAUGAGCUUUUCGCUAGAUUUAUUCCCAACACUUCGGAGACUUCGUCUUUGGGAGUGUCGUAAUCUACAGAGGAUUUCACAGAAGCACGCUCAUAAUCAUGUGAUGUAUAUGACAAUCAAUGAGUGUCCUCAAUUAGAAUUAUUGCAUAUCCUCCUUCCAUCUCUGGAGGAGCUACUCAUAAAAGAUUGUCCAAAAGUUCUGCCUUUCCCUGACGUAGGUUUGCCAUCAAAUCUAAACAGGUUGACUCUCUAUAAUUGCUCCAAAUUUAUAACCUCACCAGAAAUAGCUUUGGGAGCCCAUCCCUCUCUAAAAACCUUGGAUAUUGGAAAACUGGACCUGGAGUCAUUUCAUGCUCAAGAUUUGUUGCCACAUUCUCUUCGUUAUCUAUGCAUCUAUGACUGCCCCAGCCUCCAAUACUUACCAGAGGGUCUCUGCCACCACUCCUCUCUCAGGGAACUGUUUCUUCUGAGCUGCCCCAGGCUCCAAUGCUUGCCAGAUGAGGAUCUGCCCAAGUCCAUUUCAACUCUGGUAAUUCGGUAUUGUCCCUUGCUCCAACCGCGUUGCCAGAGACCAGAAGGCGAAGACUGCGGAAAGAUUGCUCAUAUUGAAAAUCUCUUUAUUAUUGACUGAUUCUGAUUCUGAUUGAUUAUCACAUUGAAAAUUCUAUAGGGUUCUCUUCUGCUAAGUGAUUCUUGUAAAUCACUCGAUCAUUAUUUUCUAAAAUUUGCUUUCUGCUUCUAGCUAGAGUCUGGACCCAUCAGUUAUUUGCUAAUUGGACAAAAUAUUACACGGUAAAAAUUUGUUUCCAAUGUUUUACGAGAAUUCAUUGUGGCAUGCAUUGACAGCUAUUUCUUCAUACAUUAUGCAUUUGAUAAUUUGAAUAUAUAGCUGAAUUCUAAAGAGAUAAUUGUUCUUUUUAUAUUGAAAAGGUUUGAUAUAGUUAACACCUAACAGUGAUUUUAACACCUAAAUUAUACUUCUGUUAGUUCUUAGAAGAACGGAAAAGCGGAUUUAGUUAUUGAAUGGUGAUUGUACGUCGCAGGUUUAGGAGAGAGAUUUAGUAGGAAAUUUUUGAAGAGAAGUAGUACUUAGUAGAUGGCUGUCUAGUAAUCUCUUGGAUAAAGGUAGUAUAUUGAUUUCUCAAAGAAAACUAAAUGAUGACUUUCAUUGUAACCAAUAAAACCUAAGUUCAACCAACUUCCCAAUUUAAACAACUUAAUGUGGACAACACAACGCUCAAGAAAUAUGAUCUCCUUGUAAUGACUAACUAUGGAGGCAAGCUCUAGAGAGAUGUGUGAGGAGUUCCGCCUUUGUUGUGUGUUAUGUUUGUGAAGGAUGGGAUAAUGAUGGAUUGAUCACUUGAGAUAGUCGGAGAGAUGUGAAACUCCAUGUGAUGUGUAGAUGAGUUUAUGUUGUUUAGUUGAUUGUUGUCUGAUACCAUUAACAGAGGAGCCAACACAAACUUAUAUAUAAAGGACAAUCCCAGUGGGGGGAAAUCAUUGAGGAGUCAAUCCUCCCAGAUUAGUGAUACUUGGGGAUGGAUCAUUGACUCAUUGUUUCUUAGGGAUAUGACAUUGAGUUUCCACGAUGUAAACUUAGCAAUCCCGACAAAUGCGAGACAUCACCAAUUAGCUAGAGCUUGUCAUUAUACCAUGGUGAGGGUGUACUUCCAAGAGUCAUCCAACUUAAAAUGUGUAAGACCAUUGAGUUCUAGAAGUUUUAGUGGCAACAGACCCGUGAUGUCAUAAGUUAAGAAUUUGUUAGAAAUGUGAAUAAGAUUGUGAGAAAGACUCUGAGAGGACCACAUCAAGGUGCUUAGUAUGUAUUUUUGUGAUUGUAAAUUCGUUUGCUUGUGAUUUUUAUAAGAGAUGAGUGAUUCA